CAGCGCCCUGUGGAGCUCAGCCAUUCGCCCUCGGACAUCGCAAGGCACCCCCACCGUAUCAGUUCCUAGCAGCCGAGUUCACUUCCGACGCAGCCAGCGCAAACAACGGCAAACUGCUGUUUCUGUUCCCGCACUUGGGCAGUUGGAUAGCGCUUCUUCCUUAAUCUCAUCAGUUAAGAUAGAUAGCACUUUGCAUCAACGAUGGAGAGCUGCAGCUUGGUCGACACGGCCACGGCCACUCUCUGCUCGACGGCAGGCGGGCGCCGCCGUGCCCGGAGCGGCACCAGGUUCUUGAACUGCUCGAGCUCCUCCAAAGAGCACGGAGUGAGCGCGUCCUGCUCCAUCGGCCGGAUGCUGAGCGGGGCGAAGUCGGCGGCGCGGAGGAAGCUGUUCAGGAGCGAACCCGACUGGCUGGGCUUGGACUGGUCGGACACCAGCGGCGCCGCCGGCCACCAUUGGUGGACGACUCUGGAGAACAACUUCGUGCUGGAGGCUUCAGAGGACGAGUACGGCGGGGUCGUCGUUGACGCCGACAGGCUGCCGUCCGACCAGGCCGCCUUCGCCGGUUCACUCGCCGCUUCGCUCUCCUACUGGAAAUCCGUGGGUAAGAAAGGGGUGUGGCUGAAGCUACCGGUGGAUCGCUCUGAAUUUGUCCCCAUAGCAGUGAAGGAAGGAUUCAAGUACCACCACGCGGAGGAGUCGUACUUGAUGCUGACAUACUGGAUCCCCGACGAGCCGUCUCUACUCCCAGCAAAUGCUUCUCACCAGGUUGGCGUUGGGGGCUUCGUGAUCAACGAUCAAAUGGAGGUCCUAGUGGUGCAAGAGAAGUAUCGCGGUUCGCCCAUGGACGGUGUUUGGAAACUACCCACGGGUUUCAUUCUCGCGUCAGAGGAAAUAUUUACAGGAGCUAUCAGAGAAGUCAAGGAGGAGACGGGGGUUGACACUGAAUUUGUGGACGUGGUUGCUUUCAGGCAUGCGCACAACGUGGCAUUUCAGAAGUCCGACCUGUUCUUCAUCUGCAUGCUGAGACCCGUAUCAAGCCAGAUCAAGAUCAUCGACGAGACAGAGAUUCAGGCUGCGAAGUGGAUGCCGCUGGAGGAGUUCGUGAAGCAGCCGUUCAUCCAAGAGGACCACAUGUUCCAGAAGAUCAUGGACAUCUGCAUCCAGCGGCUGAGGAAGUGCUACUGCGGCCUCACGGCGCACGACGUCGUCUCCAAGUUCGACGGCAGGGCGUCCACCUUGUACUACAACGUAGACGAACCCGAGGAUGUGAACUGCAGCGCCGCUUGACGACGGGUCGCCUGCCUCUUUCACUUUUGCUGUGCAGCGCGAAGUUUCAGCGUGCAGCAGCGGCAGGCAAUGGAACCGAGGGGACAAGAAAUGCAUUAGAGCAACUGAAUUGGCCUCUGUGUAUAUAUGCGUAGAAGCUGACAAUCUUCUUUAGAUAAAGGCAAGGCGGGUUAGCUCUGUCAUGUCGUGUAAUAUUCAUCAAUGAAGCAAUUUGACGGACGGUUGCAGUAGCACACGGAAAGGAUGCGUGGCAAAGUUGCCAACAAUCGGAAAAACUGAAAGUUAGCCCAACACUUUCGAAGAAAACAACAAUGUAAACUUCGCUUCAACAAGAAAGCCAUCGAGGCUGACUAACAAGUUGACCUCCCGACGAAAGCCUAGGGGAUCGGAUUGAGGUUUGCACAUAUCUGAUUAUUCA